AUGCCUUCAUACUCCAAGAUGAAACAGGAGCUCGCAGGCUCAGCAGAUCAUGCAGCCCAAUACGCUCAUUCAGUUGAAAGCUUUGACAUCUAUACAGACUUGGAUGAUUAUCUGUUUGACAAUUCAGUUGAUUUUGGAAAUCCUGAGGACGAUAAUCCUGAUUUGACGAACAGAUCAACAGCUGGCAACUUGUGGGAAUGUUUACGUUGUGGCAACCGUGUUUUUAGCUGGGACAAUGCCUCAAAUGAUUGGCAUUGCAAUGCGUGUUUCUCCUAUGAAUACUUUGACCCAACCUUGCCUGCCAAGAAGCAGACUGCGGGCGGUACCUGGGUUUUCAUGCCUAGAGGCUCUUCAGAGCCUCCCCAGGUCCCACCUUCAAGUGCUGCUUCACGACGUCGACAUCGAGCGAGACGACGUCGACGCGUUGGCGGCUCGAAUCCUGGGGACCCCGAUGAUGGGGAUGAUGGCCGUGAGUGGGCCGAGUCAGAAGUUCCAACCUUAGAUCCACCGAUGGAUGUGACCCCUGCAGGCUCAAACGUCGCAAACAAUCGUGGAAACCACCAAAAUGGCGGCGAUCCGAUUGCAGCGCUGACAGAUGCUUUGAGACAGUUGACGCGUGACAAUGACCGCGGACGUGGUCCAUCGACAUCAACGGAUUCUUGGGUGAGUGCCAUGGGUCCUCAGCGAGGUGUGAAAUUUCGGGGCGGAGCACCACCUGUUCCCCCGUCAUGGUCUUAUAAUUCAUCAGACUUGCGUGCAUACGAGAAGUUCGAGAAGAAGGUCCGAAUCUGGGCAUUACAUGCUAAGCAUUUCAUGACAGACUCGGAAGCAGCUCUCACCUUGUACACAUCUCUGAAAGGCGAAGCAGAACAGGAAUUGGAGUUUGUAGACAUCAAUACCAUCUAUCACAAAGACGGUGUCGACACAAUUCUGAAUCAUCUCAAGCAGGCUUUUCAGCAGAAGACAGUAUACAUUAAACGACAAUACCUUCAUGACUAUGAGACGAUUGGACGUUGGCCAGGCGAAACCCUGAGGACGUUCAUCAACAGGUACAGACGCGUGGAGUCCUCUCUGCGUGCAAUCGGGGUAGACAUCUGCCUGACCUACGACGAUGAAAGCCGUGGUUCCAGGUUGCUUGACAGAUCACGUUUGACGCUUGAGCAACAGCGCUUGGUGCUUGUGGGAACAAAUCAAUCCCUGUCAUUUGAAUCAGUGCGUGCGGCAUUGAUGCUGCAAUAUCCAGAGCAUAAACCUUCACCUCCAGUUGCUGGUCGAGAUGCCUCAACAGCGCCCUUUCAGACGAAGGGGAACUCUGGCAAAGGCUCUUCAUCAUCCAGUUCCAGUUCGAACAGCCCGUCUGUAGCCAAUGGAAAAGGCAAGGGCAAGGACAAAGGAUACAAGCGGGUCUAUCAGACUGAGACCAUUCCUGAGGAAGCUCCUGAGGAUGACGCUGGAGAUGAGCCUGAAGCCGAUCAGGAGGCAGAAGACGAUGGCAACAUCCCUGAGCAGGAUGCUCAGGACAACGAAGAUGCCGAUGUGGAUGACGGCGACAUGGAUGUGGCGCAUCUCACUGAGGUUCUCACAGUCACAGCUAGGAAGUUGGCCAGUGUCACUCAGGGUCGAAAGUUUUCUGGCCAGCCUCGCAAGAGCAUCGCCGAGAAGAAGAAGACAUCAAUUUGUGCAGCCUGCGGACAACGCGGCCACUGGGCUGGCGAUGCGGAAUGUGACCAAAGUGGUUCGCAAGACGCGAAAAACAAUUCCUCAUCUACCUCUGCUGCCCCUAAGGGGAAAGAACGUGGCCACAAGGGCAAAGACGAUGGCGCUUCGAAAAAGGUGAUGACCGUCCACCACAGCACCGGGUUUGACAGCACGGUGGAAUAUUUUCCUCAUCAUGCACCUUCACAUCCACAUUUUACAAUGGUUUGCACAGCCCCUUAUGUUUGCCUCUCCACAGUUUCUGGUGAUACAACUGGCUACAUGAUCAUGGAUACGGCUUGUCAAAGAUGCUGUUGUGGAACUCAAUGGAUUGCACUGCAGGCAGACAAGCUGGCAUCAUGGAAGCUCAAGGUCUUCGAGGAGGCCAGCCAUGAACAGUUUCAAUUUGGAGCAGGUGAACCGGUAUUGUCAACUUUGAAAGUUUGGAUGCCAUCAGCAAUUGAAAAGCAAUGUUUGAUUUUCGGUGUGAAUGUUGUUGAUACGAGUAUUCCUUUCCUUGGCAGUCUUCGUUUGUUGAAACGUCUGGGCGGUGUGAUCGAUUUGAUUCAGCAAGUGGUUUAUUUCAGCAAACUUGAUGUUACAACACCUUUGAAACGCAUUGGUGGACAUCUUGCGAUUGAUAUUUUGAACUUUCCACCACAGCCCAAUCGUUUGCGUGUUUGGUCACAGAUUUCAGAUGCUGGUUUCAAUGAUCCAGAAGUUGCUUCGGUGUUCAACUUGCAGCAAGUGAAUUUUGAUGAUGAUGGCACCGCAACCCUGGCUCUUCCAGCAACUCGCUCUCAGCUGAUGCCUUCGAGCUCUGACUGUGACCACGAUGCACUACGACCCCGAGGUGAGAAAGCGCUGGAAGCAUCUAUGCGGAAAGCUGCUGAUGCUGUCGGUAACUGCUCUUCUGCACUUCCGACAGGCAGCCCGCCUUGGGUUGAUCCCCUACGACGACUACGAGAACUACCUCAAGAACCCCGAGAAAAUGAAGGACAAGAAGAAGAAACCGGGCAAGUCCAGUCAGCUUCACAAGCCAUCGGCCACAGACACCUACCAGAACCAGCUCCAGGCUCAGUGCCCGCACAGGGAGUUCAAGCGCCACGGCAACAAGCACGGCAGUUUCGCGACAUGCGUGACUUGCAAGGCCAGAUGGGUGUGGGUCGGAACAGGCUGGAAGUUGCAUGGAUGCUCCUCCAAAUCAUCACUGCCUCUACCGUCUUCCUCAACAACAGUGGAUGGGUCAAUCCGUCCGCCAAUGAUGCCAGUGAUGGAAUUCCAAGCGGAACAUCUUCCUUUGACUGGUGCCAUGCCCAAGGUGCAGCCAGCACCAAACAACAAGAUUGGCAAGACCAGGUCCAGGCCUCCUUCCAUGACCUCUUCGGCAGCAGGACACAUGAAGCCAGAAGAGAUCCCGAUUCAGGAUCUGGAGACCUUCGAUCUGGAGUCCAACUACAGCUGGCUCCUGGACGACGCAAACGACUGACUGGUGAUUUGAAAAAGUCAAUCAAGAUCGGCGAGGCGGAAGUUUUGGUUUUGAACAACUUGCCCAAUGAGAGCUCCAAGACCAAUGCAGUUGACCUCCUCGAGCUCUAUGCAGGCGCAGGCAAAGCAACUCUGAUGGCCAAGCAGUAUGGACUCAAUGCAUUGGAGCCCUUUGACAAGAAUGAAGGAAAAGAUCUUGAUGAUCCCGAGCAAAAACGAUUGGUUGAGCGAGCCAUUGAACGCUUCAAACCACUGCUCCUGAUGCUGGGCUUUCCAUGCACCUUUUGGUGUUUGCUGAACGAGAACUGCAACUACUCUUGGAGGAUGCAUGAGCUGGAAGCCCUUCGAAAUGAACAACGACCUCUACUUCAAUGGACUUGCUACUUGAUUGAAAUACAGGUGGGCCUUGGCAACUUCUUUCUCUUUGAGAGCACUCUACGUUGCCGAAUCUGGGAUGAACCCUGCGUCAUAAAGCUUGCCCAGCUCCCAGGAGUUGUUGAAGUGCUUUGCGAUGCAGGUGCUUUUGGAGCCGCCGAUCGUGAUGGCUUUCCCAUUAUCAAGACCCACAAGUUUUUGACCAACAGCCCCAUUUUGGCUAGCUCACUCCAUCGACGUCUUUCAGCACAAGAACGUCAGGUGUGCAAGCCUUUGGAGGGCAUCAAUGUGACACGAUCUCAAGAAUAUCCAGAUGCCAUGGUGCGAUCAAUUCUCAGAGCCUUGAAGGAUCAUGCCAGACAAGUGACUCCCAACCGUUUUGACUACCACAAGGUUUUCUCUGCACAGCCUUUGGAUGAUGCAGAAGCUUGGAAGAAACUGCUGGACGACGUCCAGAACACCUUUGCCGGCAGUGCUGUGAAAUCCUUGAUACUUCAACCUGGGCAAGAACUCUAUGAGAAAGUGUCCAAGUUGGUUCCUUGGGAGCUCACUCGAGUUCAAAUCGUGUCCACACCAAUCACCAGAAGAAUGCCAAAAGAUGCUGCCUUUACACAUCGUGGAGCUGCGCUGCUUUUCGCCGAUCAAUCUCUCAGCGUUGAAGCCGAAGAUUUGGCCAAUGUGAGGUUCCCCAAGCAGCGCUUCACCAAGGCAGUCAACGCAGCCAUCCUCUUUUAUGGUUUGGCUGAUGAUGAUGGAUCUGGACCACAACAUCAACCUCAACUUGAUGAAGCUGAAGCUCGACUCCCAGCAGUUCGCCUUCACAGUCGAGCCUCUGCCCACGUCGCAGAUCAAUUCAGAAGAAGCUGGCUGAUGCCCUAUGGGUAUCCCCUGGUUUGUGAGGUGGAUGCAGAUGGAGCCUUUGAGGGCGAGUUUCGCCUGAAACUUGAAGAAGCCGGUGUACACCUUGUGGUGAUUCCUCCUGAGGCGCAUUGGCGCAUUGGCACAGUUGAGAGAAAGAAUGCCGUGCUCAGGACUGUGGUUGAGAAACUCCUUGACGAGAAUGCGGUGGUCAGUGGCGAUGGACUUGACUGGGUUUUGACUGCAGCAGUUCAAGCACUCAAUUCCACCACAGCGUCAAAAGGCAGAAGCCCAUAUCAAGCAGUUUUUGGCCGCCUUCCACGUUUUCCAGGUGAUUUGAUGUCUGAUGACAGAGCACUUGUCGUCUCCGACAACCAGAUGAUCGCAGAGGAGCUUAGAUGCCAAGCCUUGCGAGUCAUCGAUGAGACACGUGCCUCCCAUGUCAUCAAGCGAGCUUUGCUGAGGAAGACCAAGCCCAACAAGGAUGAAUCCAAACAGAUUCUUCCAGGAUCCUUAGCAGCUUACUGGAGAUGGACAAAAAGGUCUUCUGGAAAGAAACGUGGCGGCUAUGUUUUGGGCCGACUUCUUCACCAUGAUCCUGAUGGCAAAUCAGCCUGGCUACAAGCCGGCACGACCACAGUUCAGGUCACCUAUGAGCAGCUGCGACCAACUUUCGGUCUGGAAUCCUGGGCACCCAACAUGGCUGAUAUCCGCGCGCUCUCAAGGAUGCAUCAGUCAACAUCCAACAUGGACUUUGGCGUGACCAUCGCGGACCAGGACCACCGGAAGAUGAACCCAUGGAACCUGAGAUCGCACCAGCUGCUCAAGAUGAACCUAUGCUGCAGUUCUGGAACCAGUUUGUCACUGUUGAGCAGACAUCGACAUGGUCAAGGCUGGCCUUACUACAGCUUUGUGGCCACCCAGGUUCCUGAAGAGAACUACCACCUUGUAGAGCGCAUCACAGAUGGAUGGGAUGGAAAUGUGACACACAUUUCACCAGUCACUUCCAAGGCCUUCAAGACAGCAAAUGAGAAGACCGGCGAGGUGGACCUAUCCAGCGACUCAUCCAACGAUGAGGAAGCCCCUUCCAUGGAUGUUAUGACGCGCCAAGAGCGCAAGGCUAUGGACCGUGAGAUCCCGUGGCGCGUGAUCGCCGACGGACCUCCUGACGUUUUGGAGCUCUAUGUCCAGGCCAACAAGAAGGAGUUUGAGAGCUGGAAAACCUGGGGAAGCAUUUAUGCAUUACCCAAAGAGGAGAUUCAGAAAAUCAAGAACACACCAUCCUUGAAGAGACGCAUCAUCCCUUCAAGGAAUGCCUACCGUGACAAGUUGCGUGGUGCUGGCCCAACAAUCAAGGCCAAAUGUCGCACAGUGGUCUUGGGAUGCCAGGAUCCUGACUUAGCCACUCUGUCCAGAAGUUCACCUACGCCAUCCAAACUUAGUGAAAUGGUUUUGCUGCAGAUUGCUGUGUCAGGAAUGAAUGCCCAGGUUGAACUCACUGGGAAGAUAUGGCAUCUCUGGUCCGGAGAUGUGUCAACUGCUUUCCUUCAAGGAGAACCAGAAGAGAGGCCGCUUCCUAUAUUCAUGAGGUCACCGCGGGACGGCAUCCAGCGAUUGGCCCAAACAUUUCCCGACGAGCUCUAUGGCAUUGCAGGAAACUUGUAUGGUUUUGCUUCAGCCCCAAGAACUUGGUGGAAGAACGUUUUGUCCACUGCUCAGAAGAAAGACUUCAAGCAGCAUAGAUACGACAAGUGUAUGUUGAUCAAGAAAGACAAAGAGAACAAGCUCCUCGUUGUCAUGAUCAUUCAUGUUGAUGACUUUUUGGUGACCUUCCGUGAAGACUAUCCUCUACAAGAAUUGGAGGACAUGUUUCGCUGGGGUUCCAAAACCUUGCUCACUAUGGACAAUGAGAUCGUGUUCCGAGGCAAAGAGAUUCGGUUACACAAAGUGCACAACAAGUUUGUUUUGAAGGUCACCCAGAAGGCCUUCAUUGAUGAGAUGACCAUCGGCAAACUUGACCGAGGCCGACUUCAAGCUGAGUCCCUCACACCGGACGAAUGGAAAGAAUUUCGUUCAGUGGCUGGCUCUUUGCAGUGGCUUGGAGGACAAACACGUCCUGACCUUUGCAGCGCAGUCAGCCUUGCAAACCGUGGUGCUGAGACCAAACCCAAAGAUCUCCGCACUCUCUAUGACUAUAUGGAAGUUGCCAAGAAGACACCUGAUCUUGGCCUGACGUUCAACACAGUGCCUUUCAAUCGUGCAGCCGUGCUGAUUGGAUAUGGAGACUCCAGUUGGGCCAAUGCACCAGGUGGAAAAUCACAGAUAGGAAGCCUCGUUCUGAUUGCUUCGCCAGACUGCUUUGAGCACCGAGCCAGCGUUUCCAUUUUGGAUUGGAAGAGUGCUCGCAGUCCGCGAGUGACAAGAUCGACGUUGGCAAGUGAAGCCAAUGCCAUGGAUGAGACCGUGGAUAGAUGCACCUACGCAAACUACUUUUUGACAGAACUUCUCUAUGGUGGCACCAAAGAUGGAGAACCACGCCUUGAGAGAGCCCUUCGCCAAUUGCAAUGUACAGACUGUAAAAGCCUUUACGAUGCAGUGAUCUCAGAAAACCCAUCUACCACUGAGAAGAGAACAAUGAUUGCGAUUCGCAGUGUGCAAGACUUUAUCCACGAAGAUGACUGCCGAUGGGUCCCCACAGAUGUGAUGUGGGCUGACGUUUUAACGAAAGAAGAUAGGCAGUUGUGCGAGGCGUUUCAGGCUUGGGUGGCCUUCGACAAGGGCGUUUGGCCCUCACGGGAGGUGCCAUGUCGCCAGGUUCGACAGCGGCGGAAAGCUGCGCCGUGCUUGGUGGAUGGAGCAGAGGUGGAGGCUCGCUUCCCUGCCACAGCAGAAAAUCCAGCAUUUUGGUGUUCUGCCUUUGUGGUACAGGAAGCCAAAGAGGAGGCCCACACAGCGGUUGCUUACGUUUGCUACGUUUCGGGAAAGGGAGAGCUUACGCUGCCGCUGGAGGCACUACGAGCUCCCUCGGAAGAGCCCAGCUUAAACCCUUUGGCAUUUACACGCGUGGCGAUGGAGGUGGAACCAUCGCUCCGGGCCUGGCUCUCGUUGGGUGACUGUCGUGGCUGCCUGGAGCAGAUUCGCAGCGUUUGUUCGCUGCACCUGGCAACGCCUGGGGUGCAAAACCCCGAUGGGGGCAACGGAGUGGUGGUGCAGGAGCUUGACAGCAUCAUCCUUUUAGGCUCUGAUGAGGCGACAGCAAGAGCUCAGAUGGUGGUAAAGAUCCAUUUGCAGCACCAGGAAGAGGUGGAGGCUUUUCACCGGAGAAGGAGGAAAAAACUCGCUUUGUUGCAGGAACUUGAAGCCAAGUCGGUGGGCAAAGAUGCCACCAUCAGCUUCGAGGUCCAGCAAGAGCUCGUUGGUCGUACUUGUGGCCGAGCGGGCGAACGAGUACAGAGAAUUGAGAAGGAAUGUGAAGUGGAGGUGCGGCUCGCUGGAGAUGAUGAGGCCUUGCAAAAGACCUUCCUGAUCUACGGGGAGCCAAAGAAAGCGCAGGCCGCAAGAGAUGCUCUGGAACUGCACCGCUUGGAGUACAAACUUUCUGAAGAGAGCCUCGCUUGGUUUCGGAAGGAUAAUCGUAUCCUCAUGGACAUUGCCAAGAAGGCUGAACUUGCAGCUGCCAACCUGCAGGACGAAGGUUUGGAGCUCCUGGGAGCAGUGUCUUCUCUGGAAGAUGCGCAGAUGUUGUUGGAGAAUCACCUGGAAUAUCUUCCUGUUUACCAGGAGAUGGAUAGACAGCAGGAGGAGAUACAGAGGUCAUUCGAAGCUUUGGAAGCAUCGAAGCCAACGGGAGCCUUGGCAAAAUUUGGCAAAUCAUUCUUCAAGGAGGAAUAUUUCAGCUAG